AAAUCUGGAUAUAAGUAGAAAGAGAGCGCUAAACAGCACCUUUUAAUCAACGAUGAAAAUUGUUAUUGGUUCUCUUUUUAUAGUGUCUUUAUCAUCAGGACUUGUUGAAGAGCUUGCUGCUGCUAUAAAUGUCUACGCUAAAAUUAGAUCUGAAGCAGUCCUCCCGUGUGAAUGGGCUGAUAGUUCUGUAAGGUGGUAUGGAAUUGGUGACCAUCAGUACAGUACUGGAACAAGUAUUCUUCAAGGUCUGCCUAUCUCCCUGAGACAGAGGCUGCGAAUUAUAAACGAUAAUGGAUUCAAUUUAGGUAUACGUGACAUACAUAAAGAUGACGAGGGAAACUACAAGUGCAUUAGUGAUAAUGGGACUAUCAAUUAUAAUCUAUAUCUUAUAGUUGCGCCAUCCAGUAUUUUAUUUCCAAGCUCAUCCGAUGAAAAUGUAAUUACAGCUGACGCAAACAAAAUGUUCAAUGUCACAUGCAAAGCGGAUGGUGGAUUUCCUCCUCCAGAACUAUCGCUAAUGUUGAAUGAAACUUUGUUAUCAAACUCAAAAACAAGAACGCUUGUAUACGCUAUAAACCUAACAAGAACAGAUGACUUCACAAAUGUGACCUGCACUGCUAACCAUUCAGAAUUAAAUCACCCGUUAGAGAUUCAUGCCAUGUUCUAUCUUAAUCUUCCACCAACUCAACUUACAAUGAUGGAGUUGCCAACUUUGUUUGAAGCGAAACCUGUGAAUAUUUCGUGCAUAUCUCUAGGCAGCAGACCGCAAGCAUCAUCUGAAUGGUCAAUAGAUGGAAAUGUAAUAUCUAAUAGUUCAGAAGAUCAAAGUGAGAUUAAUAAACCGACGGAGACAUACAUAAUUACCUCUAUAUUAAGCGUUGAAUUCAAUAGGUUGCAAAAUAGAAAGGAACUGUCAUGUCGAAGUUUUAAUUUAGCAGAUACAAAGGGAAUCAGUCAAUCUCGAAUGCUUGAAAUUUAUUAUCACCCGUCAAUUCAAAUAACAUACAUGAACACAACAGAAGAUGAAGAGAUACGAAAAUUUACCUGCAAACCAAAUGGAAAUCCCGCUGUGUAUGAAUAUGAUGAAUGGGAACAUUUCUCUAUGCACAAUCAAUUCAUUCGACGGUUAAAAGGCAGAAAAACAGACACAGGAGCAAGCGAAGUUAUCCUACCGGUAACCAAUUCGUUCGAACGGUAUCAGGACAGUGGGAUCUAUAUAUGUCGAGCACAAAAUGAUAUCGCAGACAGAUAUGGUAAUAAACUGCAAAAUGGAUUUGCUUCUUUUAUCAGUGAAGGCAAUCCAGCAGCCGCAUCUGAAAAUGUACAUUCAAACAAAGGUAGACUAGGAGAUGACACAAUUUUGAUUGUUAAAUUCGUUAGUAAACCGGCACCAACACAUAUUUUUUGGUUUAAGAUCGAUGAUGUAGGGGAUAUAUUGAUAAAUAGUUCGAAGAAAUACACAAAAGUAAUUACACCUGCAAUUAUAGAGGACUCAUUCCAUGGACAGUUAAUUCAUGUUGAUGGAUACAUUAUCUCUUUGUUUAUAAGAAACCUCGAAGUGAUUGAUUUCUCCAAAUAUAACUGUGAAGUGCAUAAUAGAUACGGCAACAUAUCUGUAACUGUAGAGCUUGUUCAGACAACAGAACUUGAGAACAUGCGUGAUGGUGAAUGGAAGACUGCUGGAAUUGUUUUGAUAACAAUUGUAGGGCUUGUGAUAGUAGUAACUGCUGCAUUAUGCAUCUACAAUAAGAGAAAAUAA